CCGGUAAGUUGGCGGCGCGGUGGCGGCGGCCCCGGGGGAGCGGGCGCCGCGCGCGCUCCCAUUGGCCGCCCCGCCGUCAGCUGCUCCUAUUUUCUGCUGUCGCUUUUGGCGCUCGGCCAUCCAGAAACAAACCACUUCGAUGACUCCUAAUAGUUAUCGCCAGAUGUACUAAUACACAACAAAUCACGGUCCGAGAGAGGGGGAGAGCAAAUGAGUUCCUAUUUCGUGAAUCCCACUUUCCCGGGGAGCCUGCCCGGGGGCCAGGACUCCUUCCUCGGCCAGAUCCCCCUGUACCCGGCGGGCUAUGAUGCUCUCAGGCAUUUUCCGGCUUCGUACGGGGCAAGCAGCCUGCAGGACAAGACUUACACCUCACCCUGUUUCUACCAACAGUCCAACACCGUCAUUGCUUGCAAUCGGGCUUCCUAUGAGUACGGAGCCUCUUGUUUUUAUUCGGACAAGGACAUUAGUAGCGCCUCUCCCUCCGGCAGUGGCAAACAGAGAGGGCCCGGGGAUUACCUGCACUUUUCUCCCGAUCAACAGUACAAAUCCAGCGGCGGCCAAGCCAAAAUUAUAAAUGACGAAGGUACCGACCGGAAGUACACGAGCCCUGUUUACCCCUGGAUGCAGCGGAUGAACUCCUGCGCUGGUACAGUAUAUGGAACACAUGGGAGACGAGGGAGGCAAACUUACACCAGAUACCAAACGCUAGAGUUAGAGAAGGAAUUUCAUUUUAACAGAUACUUAACCCGAAGACGACGUAUUGAGAUUGCAAACGCUCUCUGCCUUACUGAACGCCAGAUUAAAAUAUGGUUUCAAAACAGGCGGAUGAAAUGGAAAAAGGAAAACAAAUUCAUAAGUUCCACACAGCCAAGCAGCGAAGAAACAGAGGAAAAGUCAGGGGAGUAGAACCACUUUUAAUAAACGCUACCAGGCCUUUCCUUAGCACUUACUACUAUUAUUAUUUACCUUGUGUUCCUUCUGCUACUGAAAUCCUAUAGGUUUGUCACAGUCUAUUAAUCCCCAAAAGGCUUGUUUAAAAGAUGUACAUUUGCAAUCAUCUGUGACUUACUUUAAUAUAUGUGGAAGUCCUAGCUUUUGAGCUACAGGCAUGUAUGUAUAUAAUCACCUUUCCAAAGCAUAUGGCAUUGCCUAAACUACUAGAGAAUUGGCCCAGAAUUUUAAAUAUUUGAGGUGAGCAUCUAUGUGUGGGUGAGUGCCCCCGGUGUGCUUGUGCGAGGAAAGAUAAGGGAAUUUUUUUUUUUUAAUUAUAAAUGUUCUUACUGUAGAAAGACAAGAGAUUUUAGAAAAUAUCGGGUUUAUGGUUUUGCUAGCUCCCACUAAGUCUGGCCAUCUCGUUAUGCUGUGUUUGGGAGUUUAUGAUCUACAGGGGGGAAAAAAGUUUUAGUUAUGUAUAAGAUAUUUAAAUAGCAAAAGGAAGAAAAAUCCUUUUAAAAAAAUAAAUCCCUGUAUAUAAACUUGAAGAUGAAUUGCAGGGAGAUUUUUUUAAAAUGCCCCUAAACUGCUUAAUCUGCACUACUAGUAUUAAAGCAAAAACUCGGCGUUAAACUUCAGGGGAAGCGAGGGAAGAGGUUUUGAAGUGGGAAAAUUUCUGUGGUUCCCGUUGAGCUUACAUUGAGGUUUCAGUGAGCUCAGCUCUACACUGAAGGGGCUUUGAAUUAUGGACUACAUUUAUUGGGGCUUUGUGGGCUUAGAUCCAUCUGUUUUUCCUUGUUUUAAAAAUAUUUUUCUUUCUUUUUCUUUCUUUCUUUCUUUCUUUCUUUCUUUCUUUCUUUCUUUCUUUCUUUCUUUCUUUCUUUCUUUCUUUCUUUCUUUCUUUCUUUCUUUCUUUCUUUCUUUCUUUCUUUCUUUCUUUCUUUCUUUCUUUCUUUCUUUCUUUCUUUCUUUCUUUCUUUCUUUCUUUCUUUCUUUCUUUCUUUCUUUCUUUCUUUCUUUCUUUCUUUCUUUCUUUCUUUCUUUCUUUCUUUCUUUUUCUUUUCUUUCUUAUUUAUUUUAAAAAAAAGUCUUAUUAACUCGGAGGAUAUUUUUCUCCGCUUCUGUGGUAUUUUAAUGCACAUUCGCAUUUCUUAGCACUGGAAAAAAUAAAUUGAUACUCUGUAGAAAAAUACCUGCCAUAAAAUGCUUCCACUUCUGUAAAAGUAAAAUAAGCUCAGCGAAAAUAUUGAUUAAUAUAUACGUUAUAUCUCUCUAUAUUAUAUUGCGUGUGCAUGAGUAUGCGUGUGAAACUGUGUCCAAAUGCACUUGUAUAGCCAUCGAGGCUCUUUUGUUUGGAAGGCAGCACAGUUUGGGCUACUGCUCUAAAUAUAUAAAAAGCCAGACCUGAAGAACGCCAAUGCACAA